CUUCGUACGAUACGUCCCCCAUCGACCUUGACAAAGUUCUCCAUAUCCAACCCUUGGCACUUCCCCUCAGUCUCGGAUUUCCGAUCCAUUCUCAUCCCAUCCCUUACAGCACUCUGGUAUUCCUCAGCGAGUUCCAAACGGCGAUCACUUGUCCAUUGUUGCCGAUUUAGACAUAGCAUUUAAACUCCCUCCAUUGUUUGCGUCAGCGCCCGCGUACCCCACCCCUAGGUAGCGACCGCAAACCCUCCCCGCCGCCCAUACCAAAUACCGACGGGAAUUACAUACAGUACGACGGCCUGUGAUAGCGCGCGGAACCCGUCUCCAACCACACUCAUCAACACUCCGGAACACUGGUGGGAGUGAGGCAUCACCAACUCAAUCGACAAACCGAGGCUGCCUGUGCUGGUGGUCAAGUGUGUGCGCGCAGCACCUGCGCAGUUGCCCCGAUCGGCCUCUUGGCCGCAAGAGUGCAACUUUCCAAAGUUGGCGACAUGCACAUUGCAAGCCGCUAGGUGCAGGAAGGAGCUUUGGACUGCAACUACCUAGGCGCCCCCGCAAACUGAGGUGAAAGGAGGAGAACAGAAUCUAGAGCAGCACUGGAGGAAGGAGCGAAAAGACAUCGGGAGCACUUUCUGCCUCGAAGAUGCCAGACUUGGUCUGGGAAUGAACCGGUCUCGCCUCUCGACAUCUGACGUGUUCCUGUGACAAUUCCCGUCGGUUUGCUCAGCUUCUUCCCAUCUCGGUUUCACUGCUUUUUCUCAACUUCUCGAUUUAUGCUGCUACCUGGCCAUUCAACGGCUCUUUUACUUCACGACAUCACGCCGCCUUUUCAUUAGGUUAUCGGAGUCUGGAGUUCCAGGUUGAUCACUCAGCCUUCCCUUUUACGACUGUCCUCCAAACGGGCUCCUAUCACCUCGCACAAACAACAACAAAGACAGACAGACAUUGACUGCUGUCCAAGAUAUGUCAUAUCCGAAUGGGAGUGGGGGUACGCUUACCCUACCCUCGCCGACACACAUCCAUUCCGUUCGAUCUUUACGAAAGGCCAUUGCACGAUCGCCCUCCAGGGCUCGCCAAGCUUCGACUACACCAGCCGGUUCACCACAGUCCCUCUCCUCACUCGCCGUUUCACUCUCGCAACGACCUUUGGGUGAAGGUUCUACUCCGCUCAAGCCUAGCGAGCGUCUCUCGACCCGUUCAUUGAGACCUGCUAGACCGGUCAACAGGCCGUUAUCCAGGUCACGAAUGUCGCAAAAGAGUCCCCUCAGAAGGUGCUUUGGCUCCCACAGGGACUCGGGCAACCCUAUCCCACCAUCCGUCUCGGCUCCUGAAGCCCGUCCCCGCUGCGGAAGCCCUUCCUCGCGCAGCCCUAGCCCGAUAGCAAGCCCCGUGGCAAGCCCUGUCCACCAUACCGAGGUGACACUGAUCAUGGACCACGCUACUUUGGAAAGCCCGCUCCCCAAGCGGCGCAGUCUGGGUCUCAGGGCUGACCUCCUCGAUGACCCUCCAGCGACAUCGCACCCAUUCGACACCGAUGACGAUGCGCCCAAAGGAUACGAACUGCGGUCGUCCACUCGCCGUACCACCCCGCCUCAGGAUUCCGUGGCCUCGCCUGACAUUUCGAGCCUACCCAAACGAACGACCUCUCUCCGUAAGAGCACCUUACAGCAACGCCAUGAUGAUCAACGCAUUUCGUUGGGUCGGCGUGUCGGAGAGAAACAGCUUAACCAGGCAUCAAAAGCUGCUGCCCCUGCUACUAGCACAACCCGGACCAGGCCGAGGCUAUCCCUCGAUCAAUAUCUUCCGCCUGAUGACCGCGGCAGCCCCUUUACUCAGGCGCCUUUGCCAAGCGCCUCGGUUCAUCCUCUUCCUCGGCCGCCAGCCCAGCGUCACCCCUUGUCCCGGACCAUCACACAGUCUUCAUCCGGCUCUAGCCUCCCUGAUGAGUCCCCCACGCAUCCUCCUGUGAGCUUGGGCGAAAAGCCCAGAGUACCUUUGAACUUCUCAAGAUCACUGCCUUUGGGAGCUCGCCCCCUAGGUGCAAAGAUUCCACCGCCCGUGGCUACACCAAAAUACAAGCGAGCCAAGCCAUUCCAGGCUGCCUUUAUGUCAACGGGACUGGUGUCCAAGAUGAACCGAAACCCCGAGGCUGGCCCGCCCAAGCGUCCUGGAGAUAAUUCCGAUAUUAUGCCCGACACUCCUUGCAAGAAGCAGCCUUAUGACUCUUCAACGUUUCCUCCAAAACCGCUGGGAAGUGCCAGACGCCCCAGAUUGUCUUUUGGCACUGCAACUACUCCUCUUCCUGAUGCUUCGAGCACGCCGCGCGGCAGCCCUUUUGCUCCCCAGGACCGAUCCGCGAGUCUGUUCUUCAAGCAAAUUCGUGGAAACAACCUUCGAAGAGCAAGUCUGUUGAGUUUCGAGGGCGAGGAUGCAGGAGACUCACCUGAGUCCGAUGAUUUUCCCCCGCCAACACCGACUAAGAGUCUUUUCAAGUCACAAUCAACGCCAGCACACCCGCAACAGGCACAAAUGACCCCCACUGCCACACGGUUCACGCAUUCUGCGUCUGCUUUCGGUAUUGGCAAGGAGCACAGCACUCCGAGUUCAAGCUUCGGAUUUACAAGUCCACUAGGUCGACACAGCAACGGGCAGACAGAUCAUCCCACCACGCGUCCCACCACGGCUGACGGUGAGCCUCUCCCAGUCGGCAUCAAAGACUCACCGCGGAUGAGCCAGUCUCUCCCCUCCUUUACCAUGCGCCGCGGACGUGGCAACUCCUUCACCACUCCUGCCCCCGUCAAGACCAACCCCACCAUAGUGGAAGCCUCAGAAAAGCAUACACCUGAUUCAGCCAGCCCAGUAAAUCCAAGGAAUCCUAAGACACCCUCGGAAAGUAUGGGCCCGCCUGACGGAAAUUUUCUGACCAUCUCAAAUGCUCGCAAAGGCAAUAUCAAGUUUGCUCGGUCGCCGUCGACACCUACAACACUCGUCGGCCCAGGACUUCCGUCAGCAACACCUGAAGGCCAGCCACUUACCAAGGGGCAGAACCGUCGAAUCAGCUCUACGCCCCAAAACGUGAAUGCUCCUAGCAGUGUCGAUGAAGCACUGUAUAGUCGCUUCGACAAAGCUGAGGUGAUUGGGGGUGGAGCCUUUUCGCAAGUGUAUCGUGUUGUUCAACGCUCCACAAUGGCUUCCUUUUCGUCAUUUACAUCAACUCCCGGCAGACAUACGCCCGAGGUAGAGAAGGUCUUUGCCGUCAAGAAAAUCGCUUUCUCUGGCCAUGGUGAGAAGCAACGCGAAAGCAAGAUGCGCGAGGUCAACGUCUUGAAGGCCCUGAGUACUUCCGACAAGAUCGUGCACUAUGUCGACAGCUGGGAGCAAAACGGAUGUCUAUACAUCCAGACUGAGUAUUGCACCGAAGGCAGUCUUGACGCAUUCCUCAGAGAGGUUGGGCAAAACGGCAGGAUGGAUGAUUUCCGCAUCUGGAAGACAUUGCUUGAACUAAGUCAGGGUCUUUCCGCCAUUCACGGCGCUGGCUUCAUUCACCUGGAUCUGAAACCUGCCAAUAUCUUCAUCGGGUUCGACGGCUAUCUCAAGAUCGGCGACUUUGGAUUCGCAGUCCCAUGGCCGGCCCCCAAAGGGGUCGAAGGCGAAGGUGACCGAGAGUACAUUGGUCCUGAGAUCUUGUUGGGACAGUACGACAAGCCAGCCGAUAUCUUUGCUCUUGGACUUAUCAUCUUAGAGAUUGCUUGCAAUGUCUAUCUUCCCGACAACGGUCCAACUUGGCAGGCCCUUCGGAAUGGCGAUCUGACGGUUGUGCCUAGUCUUACCUCGAGUGAUGGUGGUGGUAUCGUUCGGGAUGCACAGAUUGCCACCGAUGAUGGCGAUCUCUCUGCCUUCAGCUCAGUCACAUAUGACCCGAGCAACUUGUUUGGUGCGCAAAAGAGAAGCGAGCUCCAGGAACCCCCAAGGUUCAUGAUGGAUGCCAAUGAUCCGCACUCACUAGACAGCGUUGUCCGGUGGAUGAUCCAGCCUGAGCCUGCGAAUCGACCUACGGCCGAGGCUCUCCUGAAGGUAGAGUCCGUUGACUGGGUUGCUUGCCGCAGGACCGCCGGAGCAACGGUGUACGAAGGCAACUGGGGCUUGGAGACCGCUUCGACCACGGAACAGUUCGACACGACGAUGACUGACGUUUGAACAAGCAUCUUGGAAAAUUCAUCACCUUGCAUCCCGGGUGGAUAUCGUCUUGCCGGAGAGGGGUCGGUUGUCUUGCACCGACCCUUCACCAGAAGUAUAUAUGUGCCUAGGUUUUGUCGGUCGGAUAUGUUGGCUGGAUAUCCACCACGGAUAGGAUUUCGAAUCAUUUGGGGCCCAUUGUAUGAGCUCUGGGAUACCAUAUCCUUUGUAUGGGAUUGCUACAUUGCGACAAAGUUCCUUUCCGAUCUGAACACCAUUCGAUAACCGUUUGGAACAGCGGUCGGUUGUCUUUCGAUUGUUCACAGAGUUUAGUGGCAUAGUCCGCUUCGGGCUGUGGAAUCAAGGUUACUCCGAACCAUUUCUCUAUUCUCGCCCUCAACAUUUCCUACUAUUUUCCGUUAUGGGCAUUCAAUUGGAAUGCUAAGCGACCACUUUUAGAAGCCUUGGCCAUCUGCUCGCUUAGCUGUAUCGGCAAAGCCAGUGGCAAGACUGCAACUUAAUUUCGCAUGGGACAAAUUAGGAUCAGUCAUAUUUUCUGCAUUUUUCUGCUACGGCUGGUUUCAUUGUUAUGGGUACCACAACUGGAUCUUUUCUCAUGCAUACAUCGGCGUUUGUGGCAAAGGCGGGCGAUGCAUUACUAUAAGGGAAAUGGGAUGUAGAGACACCACAAGUUUCUGGCGUUUUGCGCUUCAUAACUACUGUUUGCUUUACUUUGGGAGAAGGGCAUAUUGUCUUGUAUUUCAUUACGCGUAUAGACGUACGUGUGUAUGGACUAAAGCUGUGAGAUGUAGCAUUGUCUAUCUAUUGUUUUGAGGGAAGGAAAGGACAGUUGAAUGACUGUAUUUGAAAGAGGCGGUGGGUGUUUUACACGCAUCAGAUGGAAGAUUGGUUGGUUGCUCUCGCCUUGUUGGCGUGGUAACGAUGGGACAAGCG